AUGCGUCCAUCAAUCAAAUAUCCAACAGUUCUUAUGCCUCGACCAACAAGAACUUCAUUAGCUCGUCAAUUAAAAAUUCGUAAUUCAAUAUCAAUAUCUUCAAUAAUAAAUACUGAACAAAUUAAAUCUGAAAAUGAUUUAAGAACAAUUGGUCUUACGAAACGUACUAGUAUAAUAAUAAAAAAUCCUAAUUUAUUUAAACAACGACGAUCAUUCAAUAGAUUAGCUGCUAUUAUUUCAAGUUCUUCAUUAGAUAAUUCAACUAGCGAUGGUGAAACAUUAGAACAAGUUGUAAGUUUCGUUUUUUUCUUGAAUUUUUAUCAAUUGUAUUUAUUCAUAAAGAUUGUCGCUUCAUUAACAGAACAUGUUAGAAAAUUAGAUCUUAUUGAAUCGAAUAAUAAAGAAAAUUAUUCAUCAAUAAGCAAAAAAAUAUCUAUUCAUUAAUUGAUUAUAAUUCUUUCCGAACAAAUGAUUAUUGAACAAAUCGAACCAUUAUCUAUAAAUAAUGAUAAACAAAUUGAUCCAUCAUAUGCAAUGGAUUAUAUUAAUGAUAUAAUGAAUCUUUUAUAUACAUUAGAAAAAAAAUAUCCAAUUAAAUCAUCAUCAUUUUUAAUAACAAAUACAAAUGGAAAUGGAAUACGACCAUAGAAACUUACAGCUAAACAUCGACUUAUUCUUGUUAGUUGGAUUAUUCAAUUAUUUUAUGCAAAAUUUCAUUUAUCAGAAGAUGGGGUGGGGGUGUGGGUGUGGGUUUGGGCGGGUGCGGGUACGGGUGCUGGUGUGGGUGUGGCUGUGGGUGUGGGUGUGGGUGUGGGCGGGUGCGGGUGCGGAUGCUGAUGUGGGUGUGGCUGUGGGUGUGGGUGUGGGCGGGUGCGGGUGCUGGUGUGGGGGUGGCUGUGAGUGUACUAUUCGUUUACACCCAAACCUACACCCACACCAACGCCCACCGCCACACCCCCACCC